AUGACUCUGGCAUUACAGCGUCCAACUCCUCAACUGAUAGCAUUACAGAACUGGCACACAUCAUAUUGGCUUUAUGCAGCUCAUAGGGAUCCUGUGCCUUUAGGCAUGCUAGAACGUUCGGAGAUUCCGUCUCAGUCGGUAGAAGUAGAACAAAAAAUGGACAGCGUUCAAGGUACGAAGGCUUUACCCGCUGAAGACGGAAGAAAUGAGGAAGAGAGUGGACAGGGUCAGCCAGCAUGGGGAGCCAUAGCAGCAGAACCGGAAAGAGAAAAGGAAUUAAAUGGCGAAAGUCACUCUGCUGCUGGCACUUCAGGCCCCGUAGAUGAUGACAUGAACAAAAAAGAUGGUGAUACCAGAGGAGACCAGGGGAGUGAGCAGCAACCACAGGAGCUGAUUCCUGAUCGUGUGGAUGGCGAAAGAGUGCCAUCGGUGCCGAUUCCUGAUGGUGGGGAGAGAGUGCAGUCUAUGCCAAGGCAGGUGCCUCGACGUCGCCUACGCCAUCGAUUCACUCAGUGGCAGUUGGAGGAACUGGAGCGCAUCUUCCAGAUCAAUGGCUCCCUCGGCGUUCAAGCAAGAAAACAACUAGCCAGAUGGAUGGGUGUGAGUGAAGCCGUGGUGAAGAGAUGGUUUCAGAAGAGGAGAGAACAACACAGCAGGUAUAUGAGGCUGUGAGCACUCAGAGGUUCUCCAGCUUCCCAUAACCUCUUUCUCUGAGGAUUGUGGGGGAGACCUAAAGUGCCACCAUCACCAGGUGCCAGAUACGCGGAUUUC